UAAAGGAAGUACGUUUCUCGCAUUUCUGUCAGUAAGCGCUCGUUUGCAUCAGCCACAUAGCUUGUCAGUACGGAAAGUUGAAACGUAUCCACAUUUACGUUAACUACCAGAUCCUGCUCUGUUAAACAUCUUGUUGACAUUUAGACAAUGGAAUUUCUGAAGUCAAAGCAGACGGAACUGGUCCAGUGGUUAUCAACAGACCCUGAGUAUAUCAUUGAAAAGUGUGAGGAUAUUUUAUCAGUUAAACAAGGAAAAGCUGUUUCCAGCCAAGCCACUGCUGCGGAGAAGAUUUGCCUUCUUUUGAAUGAAAUCAUGAAAAACGGGGAGGGUGCAUGUGAGAAGUUCAAUGAGAUUCUGCAGAAAGAGAAGGCACGUUAUCCAGGCCUUCAACAGCAUUUCAGCAAGAACACACAAGAAGUGUCAUUCAGCACAACGGUUUACGCGGAUUGCAACAGCACUGUUGAUUCCCGAAUAGUUACCAGGAACCGAAUUAAAAAGGACUUGAUCAUACAUAAAACCAUCCAAGCAGGAGGGGUGAAUCCAUCUGGAGUGAACCUCAGCCAACCACCCCCAAAUGCAAAUGUGGUUGCAAUCAACAACAGUCAUAUCACUGCUGACAUGAUAACGGACUGUGACAUCGAUGGCAACCUCAAUUUGUCUUGGACACAGGCCCCACCUCCAGCCCCAGUCCAUCAAGCCUCACAGUGUCCAGCUCAACAGGAUAACCUCCCUCAGCAGUGGGAUACCAGGCCAGCCACCACUUCUGUCCGGCUCUACCCUAUCCAUUCAGGAAGCCCAGAGUAUGAUGAAGUCCUGAGCCUGUUCCGGGCUACUUGUCCAGACAAUACAAUUAUUAAGAUUGAAAGGGUCCAGAACACAAACCUGUGGAAUAGCUUCCAGAUCAAGAAACAAGAAAUGGAGGACAGAAAUGAUGGCAUGAUCAAUGAGAGACGUCUUUUCCAUGCAACCAGCUACACAACCAUAGAACACAUCAACAACAACGGGUUCAAUCGGAGCUACGCUGGACAAAAUGAUGCACUGUAUGGAAAUGGCACCUACUUUGCAGUCAAUGCCAGCUACUCUGCUGCUGAUGAAUUCUCCAAGCCAGAUGGCGAAGGGAGGAAGUUGAUGUACUUGUGUUGUGUUCUGACUGGACACUUCACAAAGGGAGAACGAGGGAUGAUAGAACCUCCAUUUAGAGGCGGUUCAGAGAUUCGGCGCUACGAUAGUACGACAAACGACACAGAUAAUCCAACAGAGUUCGUAGUCUUCCGCGACUGUCAGGCAUAUCCACAGUACUUGAUCACUUUCUUAAGGGUCUAGAGCAACAUGGUAGCUUUUGGGAACUUCAAGUCAGUAAAUGUCAGUCACCAGACUCACCACCCCUUGCUACGUAGUAGAGAUAUUAGUUUUUUAAAUAGCAGUUGUGAUGGGGUUUAGUACUGCUCAACUAACAUAUCUUUGUUUGCCAGUGUUUUUUCCACGACACAUAUUAGUCCUUCCAUUAAACAUCCUAGAUUUGAAGGGAAAAGAAAUGUGUAAAACCAUCAUUGUUAUGACUCAUAUUUCGAUUAAAUAAGAAAAACACAUAACUAAGUUGUGUUUUGUGUGAUCGUGUAUAAUACGUAAAUGUGACCCAAACACAGAUUCCAUUGCGAAAGUUGCAUUGUUACUGUAUCGGUUUCAAACCCUGCAAGACAAACAAUUCCAGGAAGAUGAAGCUAUCAUUUGAUAUAAACAUGUUAGACCACCACAACAUCAUUCAUUCCCUCAGGGAGGUACAUCCUGUAGCCUGAUCUGAUCCCACUGUAUUACACAUAGCUCUACUGCACAUUAUUCAUGAAAACAGAAGAAAGAACGAGUCACUGUUAUUUUACUGUUUCUCUUUAAUUAUUUGUUAUUUUUCUAUGUUUUUCUUUUUUACUUCAGUUUAAUUUAUUAAAUACUUUAUUAACACUUAUUUUUCUUAAAACUGCAUUGUUUAAGGGCUUGUAAGUAAGCAUUUCACUGUAAGGUCUACUACACCUGUUGUAUUCGGUGGAUGUGACAAAUAACAUUUGAUUUAGUUUGAUUUGUAUUGCACCUAUAUGGAUGUAUGCACAUUAUUCAUGAAAACAGAAGUAAGAAAGAAAUAAAGAAAUAAAGCAGGAGACUUUU